AUGUCCACAAACAACAAUAAAAAUAAUCAAAUUAUAAUAAAUUAUGAGGAAGAAAGUCAAGAGGAAAAAUUAUCUAGAAUUCGUAAAUUAUUUCAAGAACUUGAUUAUGACAAUACGGGAUUCCUGGAUCGUGAAAAUAUUUUAAAAAAUUAUAAUAAAUUAAAAAAUCAUCCUUUCCGGGAUAAAUAUGCAUCCGAGUUAUUGGAAAAAUGUGAUGUUAGUUCGGAUGGUAUCAUAGAUUUUGAAGAAUUUAAAUUUUUCAUUGAAGAAAAAGAAAAAGAAUUAUGGAAGUUAUUUUUGGAGAUUGAUAAAUCAAGAGAUAUGUUUUUACAACCUGAAGAAUUAGAAGUUGCGUUAACAAAAGCUGGAAUUCAUUGUUCAAUGGUGGAUUUAAAAAAUUUAAUUAGUUUAAUGGAUAAGGAUAAAGUGUCAUUACCAGAUAUUUACCAAUAUUAUGAAGUUGUUGCGCAAGUAAGCAUUGAUGGAGAUGUUAUAAUACCUGAAACAAAUCCAAGGUAUCUUAUUGCUGGUGCAUUAGCAGGCGCAGUGAGCAGAACAGCAACAGCUCCAUUCGAUAGACUAAAAAUUUACUUACAAACACAAACAAAUCUGAAUCUAUCGCCAUUACCUUCAUUACAAUCAUUAUCGUCAUCUUUUCUCCCUUCUUCAAAAAAUAUAGACCCAAUCCAACAUAAAAAAAAUCACUAUCAUAGGUUAAACAAUAUAAUUUAUGCAAUAAAAGAUUUGUACUCAUCGGGUGGAAUGUUGAAUUUUUUUCGUGGAAAUGGACUUAAUGUGAUCAAGAUAGCACCUGAAAGUGCAAUAAAAUUUUUUGCAUACGAGAAAAUCAAAGGUAUUGUGGCAAAAUUUUCAGGAACACGCGACAUUGAGUCAAUUGGUAUGUCAGGAAGAUUCUUGGCCGGAGGUUUCGGUGGUGUCAUAUCACAAUUCGCAAUUUAUCCAUUGGAAACAUGGAAAACAAGGGUUAUGAGUUCAUCUGGUAUUUCUCGGGAUCCAUUAGCAAAUAAAAACAAUAAUAUUUUGCUUAAAGCUGCAAAAGAAAUGUGGAAUACACAAGGCAUACGAUCCUUUUACAAAGGUUUAUGUCCUUCAUUAAUUGGUGUUUUCCCGUAUGCUGCAAUAGAUUUGAGUAUAUAUGAGGGCCUUAAAUUGAAAUAUAUUAAAUACAAGCAAGAAAAAUCGAAGUCAAAGAAUAGCAAUAAUCAAUUAAAAAAAGGAGAUCAGAAUAAAAUGGAUACAUUUGUUUCAUUAGGGUGUGGUAUGAUAUCAGGAUCUAUUGGUACAAUUGGACAUCCUCAACGUUAUAAUAAUUCAUUUGAUGUUAUAUUAAAAACUUAUAAAAAAGAAAAACUCAGAGGAUUCUAUAAAGGUUUAACACCUGCUUUAACGAAGGUUAUACCUAGUGGAGCAAUAACUUAUAUGGUAUACGAAAAAACUAAAUCGCAUUUAGAAUUAAAAUAA